GAGGCGGGGCGUUGCCACGGAGACGGAGGAGGGCUGGAAGAACGCACGCGCCAAUGUGAGGUUCGCCUCUCGUGGAGAGUUGGAAGAUGGCGACCGCUCAGGCGGUGGAGGAAAUGCGGAGUCGCGUGGUUUUAGGGGAAUUUGGGGUUCGCAAUGUUCAUACCACUGACUUUCCCGGUAACUACGCCGGGUAUGAUGAUGCCUGGGACCAGGACCGCUUCGAGAAGAAUUUCCGUGUGGAUGUGGUACAUAUGGAUGAAAACUCACUGGAGUUUGACAUGGUGGGGAUCGAUGCAGCCAUUGCAAAUGCUUUUCGAAGAAUUCUGCUAGCUGAGGUGCCGACAAUGGCUGUGGAAAAGGUGUUGGUGUACAACAACACCUCCAUCGUGCAGGAUGAGAUCCUUGCUCACCGCCUGGGGCUCAUUCCCAUUCAUGCGGAUCCUCGUCUUUUUGAAUAUCGGAACCCAGGAGAUGAAGAAGGCACAGAGAUAGACACCCUGCAGUUUCGGCUGCAGGUCAGGUGUACCCGGAACCCUCAUGCUGCUAAAGACUCCUCUGACCCCAAUGAACUCUAUGUGAACCACAAAGUAUAUACCAGGCACAUGACAUGGGUCCCCCUGGGAAACCAGGCGGACGUCUUCCCAGAGAGCACUAUUCGCCCAGUACACGACGACAUCCUCAUUGCUCAGCUGCGGCCUGGCCAGGAGAUUGACCUACUCAUGCACUGUGUCAAGGGGAUUGGCAAAGAUCAUGCAAAGUUUUCACCAGUGGCAACAGCCAGUUACAGGCUACUGCCUGAUAUCACCCUGCUUGAGCCUGUGGAAGGGGAGGCAGCAGAGGAACUUAGCCAGUGCUUCUCACCUGGUGUUAUUGAGGUGCAGGAAGUGCAAGGUAAAAAAGUGGCCAGAGUUGCCAAUCCCCGGUUGGAUACCUUCAGCAGGGAAAUCUUCCGGAAUGAGAAGCUGAAGAAGGCUGUGCGGCUCACGCGUGUUCGGGAUCAUUACAUCUUUUCCGUUGAGUCAACAGGAGUGUUACCACCAGAUGUCCUGGUGAGUGAAGCUAUCAAAGUACUGAUGGGAAAGUGCCGGAGGUUCCUGGAAGAACUAGAUGCAGUUCAGAUGGACUGAGGCUUGCGCUGAGGUUUCUGGGGUAUCUGGGCAUGGGGGCUUCUGGGUUUUGACCUGCCCCACAGACUGCUAUACCCAGUGUGACCAGUGGUCCACUUCCAGCUUUACUCUCAAUCAAUACAUUUUGUUAAAUGUGCCAUGGAAUCUUAUGCCUUUGUAAGGCCUUUGAUGUAAAUA